UGGAAAAACGGUUGCGUCAAGUUAGCAAAAUUGUAUUGGGCAAAAACUGAAAAUGAGUCUAUGACCAGUGAAAAUACUCAACAAAUACCGUUGAAUAUUUACGUCAACGUGGUUUCGUUCAAGACAAGCAAAAUAUACUUCUAAAUAUUACGGAAUACUAAGUAAUUAUUGUAACUUUCCGAUUACGCCUCGUUACUCUAAAGCUUUCAAACUUGUCAGGAGGUUAUUAUUGUGAAAGUUUUGACCGGAUGUUGAAGUUGUAUUAUUGCUAACUUGACUGCUCAAACAACUCUGAGAGCUAAAAACAGUGUGUAGUUGUGACUUUAACGAAAUUCACUACCAAAUGGGAAGAUAUAAAUGUGCCUACCAAUGCGAAAACGCCGGCGAGUCAGAUGUGAAGUUUUUUAAGUUUCCCUUGUAUAAUCCUCGAAAACUCAAGAAAUGGCUCACCAACAUGAAGUGGAAGGACUGGACCCCGUCUCGCUUCUCUGUGCUGUGCAUCAAUCAUUUUGAGGAACAAUACAUUGACCGUACAGGCAAAUGUGUGAAACUUACAGAAAAUGCGGUUCCCACCAUAUUUACAUCCCCUGACGACGAACAGAAAAGAAAGGUGUCAGUCAACCCCAGAAGUAAAAGAUACAAGUUACCUGGUGUUAAAGCCUCACAGGCGAGUCCUGCUCCUGCCACAGCAAAACGAAGCGAGCAGAACAAAGAGCCCAGCCAGACAGACGAAGAGCCUGCUGGAGACAAAGAACCCCAAAAAAUUGACAAAUGGAGGAUUAUAGUAGAUGAAGGGCUGAUGAAGAUCGAGUCAUUUCCACAUUUCUUCCAUGGAGAUUACUGUGUACCUCGGGAUAUUCAGUGGGCUCCAGAUGAUAAUGUGAAUACAGAAUAUAAUGAUCCUGAAAACGUGAUAGAGGUGAAAGAGCCCUGGCAGUGGCUUGGUCUGGAUGUCAGAGGACCGCUUCCACAAACACUGAACGGACACAAAUACAUUUUGAGUGUCACGGACUACUACUCCAAGUGGGUGGAAGCUGUGCCUAUGGAGUCGUGCCUACCUUCACAUGUGGCGAAGCACAUCGUGGACAUCAUCGCCCACUUUGGAUACCCGUUCAGAAUCCUCUCCAGACUCCCUCAUGACAUAGUCCACAAAAUCAACAGAGAACUAAAAGAUCACCUAAAGGUCACCAUCGCUCUUGUUGUCCAUCAUCAGCAGACUGGCACCGUGGAUUUGAUCACACAGCAGCUGAUUGACAGGAUGGUAAGUGAUCUAAUAGAGGAGCAUGCAGCUGACUGGGAUGUCUACCUGCCUGCCAAGGUGUUCAGUCUGUGCUUCAAAGAACAUUCAAAGACUAAGGAAAGGCCAUUUUCAAUACUCUGUUGUAAGGGACUGGAGCCUGUCCAGUCCCCCAGAGGCCUGAAUUAUGCUUAUUCCAAGAUCCGAGAGAGUGCUUUCGUGGUUAGAUAGAUAUUUAACGUUUAUUUGGUAAUUUGAUGUGGAAAUCAAACUGGGAUCGGUUUUAUUAACAAACCAGGGAAGAAGAGUUAUUUUUCGGUCCCUGAAGCAAAAGUGCUGGAAUUCGACUGUACUUCAUGGCCACAGUGGAAACGUGGUAACCCUAAUAGUCUGACCAUGAUGAGUUCUUUAUUGACUGAACAUGUAUAGCACAUAAAAAUACAUUUUCUCAGUUUUACCUGUAUUUUGUCCAUCAGCUCAGGAAAAGACCAUCAUAUUUUUGAAUGUAGUAUUGUGUUUCAGAUGUUAACAUUGUACGACAAUGAAUUAUCAAAAUGCUAAAUGCAUAAAUACAGGUCUAAGUCCUGGCCUGCAGGUAAGAAAGGUGUAGUUUAGGCUUGAACCAUGAGUCUGAUAGAUACAGCAUUGUGCAGGAUUUGUUUGUAUUUUGUAAGUUGGCCUUAACUGUAUUUCCUGUGCAACUGUUAAUUAGCUGUACUGCAAACAGUCCAAGCAUUUGAGUUUGGCAAAUUUAAGGCUGUUGUGCCUGAUGUUUUUCUAUUGUUUUAUGUCUAUGAAAUAUAAAACAUGUCAAUAAACAUGCUUUAAAUAAUGA